AUGGAGAAAGAAUUGAAACAAGCAUCGGAGACCGCAUCAGGAGCUGGAUUACAUGUAAUUGGGAUGCAAAUAGGUUUUGCAAAAAAUGUUCAAGUAAUCUGGCUUAAAGAAUGUUUCGAUGAAAGAGUGCUAUCUGAAAAACAAGCGUAUAUCAAUCUUAGGAGAGAAGCAAAAGGCGUGACUGAUCUGACUCUUCGUCUCGGCUAUCAACAUGGUCGGCCAUUGGAUAUUACGCCUGAUAAAAAUAUUCUCUAUCGGAACUUUCAACCA